AUGUCCUUCCUCAGGCGACCCAUCCAGACAUUGUUAAAGUUGACGGAUGUAAUUACCGUUAGCCCUGAGAACUUACUCCUUCGUGUGCCCCCUAGUACUGUUAGUCCUGAGAACUUACACCUUCGUGUGCCCCCUAGUACUGUUAGUCCUGAGAACUUACUCCUUCGUGUGCCCCCUAGUACCGUUGUACUGAGAACUUACACCUUCGUGUGCCCCCUAGUACCUACCGUUACUCCUGAGAACUUACACCUUCGUGUGCCCCCUAGUACCGUUAGUACUGAGAACUUACACCUUCGUGUGCCCCCUAGUACCGUUACUCCUGAGAACUUACACCUUCGUGUGCCCCCUAGUACCGUUAGUCCUGAGAACUUACACCUUUGUGUGCCCCCUAGUACCGUUACUCCUGAGAACUUACUCCUUCGUGUGCCCCCUAGUACUGUUAGUCCUGAGAACUUACUCCUUCGUGUGCCCCCUAGUACUGUUAGUCCUGAGAACUUACACCUUUGUGUGCCCCCUAGUACCGUUAGUCCUGAGAACUUACUCCUUCGUGUGCCCCCUAGUACUGUUAGUCCUGAGAACUUACUCCUUCGUGUGCCCCCUAGUACUGUUAGUCCUGAGAACUUACUCCUUCGUGUGCCCCCUAGUACUGUUAGUCCUGAGAACUUACUCCUUCGUGUGCCCCCUAGUACUGUUAGUCCUGAGAACUUACACCUUCGUGUGCCCCCUAGUACCGUUACUCCUGAGAACUUACUCCUUCGUGUGCCCCCUAGUACUGUUAGUCCUGAGAACUUACACCUUCGUGUGCCCCCUAGUACCGUUACUCCUGAGACACUUACACCUUCGUGUGCCCCCUAUACCGUUAGUCCUGAGAACUUACACCUUCGUGUGCCCCCUAGUACCGUUAGUCCUGAGAACUUACUCCUUCGUGUGCCCCCUAGUACCGUUACUCCUGAGAACUUACACCUUCGUGUGCCCCCUAGUACCGUUACUAGUGAGAAAUUACACCUUCGUGUGCCCCCUAGUACCGUUAUCCUGAGAGACAUUAAGGUUUGUAUAAAUGGAUCAUUAAAAGAGGCAGGGCAAAGAUACCCGCCUUGGGGUGGAUCGCAGUGUUCAGAUGCUGGUCCUAGAUCAGAUGCUGGUACUAGUUCAGAUGUUGGUACUAGAUCAGAUGCUGGUACUAGUUCAGAUGCUGGUACUAGUUCAGAUGCUGGUACUAGAUCAGAUGCUGGUACUAGAUCAGAUGUUGGUACUAGUCCAGAUGCUGGUACUAGUCCAGAUGCUGGUACUAGAUCAGAUGCUGGUACUAGUCCAGAUGCUGGUACUAGUCCAGAUGCUGGUACUAGUUCAGAUGCUGGUACUAGUCCAGAUGCUGGUACUAGUCCAGAUGCUGGUACUAGAUCAGAUGCUGGUACUAGUUCAGAUGCUGGUACUAGUCCAGAUGCUGGUACUAGUCCAGAUGCUGGUACUAGAUCAGAUGCUGGUACUAGAUCAGAUGCUGGUACUAGUUCAGAUGCUGGUACUAGUUCAGAUGCUGGUACUAGAUCAGAUGCUGGUACUAGAUCAGAUGUUGGUGUGGGAACCGACCUGUGA